AUGCGGCUUUUGAAUGUCGUCGACGAACGACUCGAGAGCUUCUUUGGCGACGAGAAUGAGAUCCCACCCUAUGGGAUCCUGUCGCAUCGGUGGGGGAAAGACGAAAUCACCUUUCAGGACUUAACACAAGGGUCGCUACAGGACUUGCAGGGCCGUCAGUCAUUCUUAAAGAUCUGGGAUCUUCUUGACCGGGCCGACAAAGAUGGUUUAUCCUAUGUUUGGAUCGACACAUGCUGCAUCGACAAGACGAGCAGCGCAGAGCUCUCAGAGGCCAUCAACUCCAUGUUCAGAUGGUAUCAGCAGUCGGAAAAGUGCUAUGUCUAUCUCGACGAUUUCGACACUUCUUCCAACAGCAAGACUAUUCAUUACGAUCAGUCUGAAAGAUAUGUCGUCCUCGAUGAAUCAGAGACUUCUUUCUUCGAUAGCCUCUGGUUUACCAGAGGAUGGACCUUGCAGGAGCUCAUAGCACCGCGAAAUGUUGAGUUUUACGACAAGAAAUGGGUUAGCUUUGGCUCGAGAGACGUCGCACUUCUCGAUCGUAUUUGCAAAAGAACUGGCAUUUGGCCGCAGUUGUUUCGAGAACCCCGAUGUGCAUGCCCAAGCGAAAGAGUGCAUUCUGUCUUUACAGUUCGCGACGGUAUCUGUGCUGGAUGUCAAGGACUUGAUACCCUCCCUCAGACUUUGGACUCCUUCGCCGUCUCCAUCAAAAUGAGCUGGGCAUCGUCCCGUAUCACGACGCGCAAAGAGGAUGCGGCCUAUUGUCUGCUCGGUCUCUUCAACCUAAACAUGCCAUUGCUAUAUGGCGAAGGUGACAAGGCAUUCCUCCGUCUUCAAGAGGCCAUCGUCCGGCAGUCAAAAGACCAGUCAGUCCUGCUAUGGCGCGCUCGGCCUGAUGUUGCACCUCAAGGUUUUGCACCCGGCUGUUUGGCUCCUUCAUCCAGCGCCUUCAAAGAACCAGUUCACAUUCUUGGCCGCCGGGUCUUCAACAGGGUUGACAAAAAGUAUGAGGCUAAUUUCCUCGGAAAUCUGGCUACAAUGGAGAUCACUGACACCGCUAUACGCACCAGCCUGUGGAUUUGCCCUUGUAAGGUGGUGCCUGACGGGACACAGACUGCUUCCCGAAAUCUCUGGCUGGGUAUCAUGCAUCUCGCAUAUGACGACGAUUACCUUGUGCGACCUGCCUUGCUGCUAGAGUAUAUGGGAACUGUCAAUAUGUAUCGAAGAGUCUACCAUCAGCAUAUUGUCCCCGUCAAUCCCAGGAUAAUUCGAGGUUCGUUCGUUGUAGAGUCAUCAAUCGGCGACGUCGAUCGACGUCUGUCGCUCACUCUAUCUCUUGAAGAGGCCACCAAGAAGGACAUCAGCAUUCUGCUUCAGCAGAGUCCAAUCAACGCAACGGCCGGCCCUUCUCCUGAAGAGGGUCCUGAGACCGGGCCGGUGUAUUUCGUUCUGGAUAAGCAGAAGCUGGACUUUACCAUGGACAGCGGAGGCAGCCACCCUCCUUUCAGCCGUUACCAAGGUCGCGCCACCCAGAUACCAUCACGCUGGGUUUUUCAGAGGUGCCAGCACAGAGGAGACGGUGAGAGAUAUUUUGGCGGCAUUCACUUUGUUAAUUUUAUGCUCGAGGUUCCGGCAAGAUCAAACUUGAAUCAAGGGCCAAAUCGACAAGGUGCUGGUCGAUUUGCGUAUACAGCUGUCAUAUGGGGUAUACAUCGCGAAGUGCCCAAAGGGAGAGCCGAUCCGUCUCCGUGGCAUCUGUGGUGCCGGGUCUUUGAUCUUCAAAGCUUCAUAGAACACGCCCGGACUUCAAGUGACGAUUUACAGCCAAAUCAGCUGUAUGGUGAGAUUGAGGGUCUCAGUGCAGGCGAGAUCCAGAGGCGCAUGAAGAACCAGCGGUCGCGGCUCUGCCUAGCCGAGUAUGAGAAGCUCGAGAUUCCACAAGCAUCGGGUCGGAAGGCACUGUUCCCUUCUUCUUACGGCGACAACUGGGCAGAGGAUAAUAUGAGUGAUGGUGGGAGCCAUUUGGCAGCCAAGGUUGCGUUGGUUGAGGGACUGGGUCGGAGGGUUUUUGAGCUGCACAUCAAGAUCACAGGUAGUCAAAACAUAGAAGCAGCAGCAAUACAGUAA